GCAGUUUUGGCGUGACGUUAUUGCGGCGCGACGGCUUCUGUCGGAACUGACGGGAGCAGUAUAGGGAUAUCGGUUAUUCUUUUAACUGAGUUAUGGCGUUUAUGUGAGCGAUGUUCGCGGAGGAGUGGGCCGCCGCCCGCCGGAGCACAGUGUAAAAGGGGCCUUCUGUUAUUUUGCAGACAGCUCUGUGCUGAGAAUGGGCAUCCUCUUCACCAAGAUAUGGAGGCUGUUUAGCCAUCAGGAGCACAAAGUCAUAAUUGUAGGACUGGAUAAUGCUGGAAAAACUACUAUACUGUAUCAGUUCUCAAUGAAUGAAGUUGUCCAUACGUCUCCGACAAUUGGAAGCAACGUAGAGGAGAUAGUGGUGAAUAACACACGAUUUCUGAUGUGGGAUAUUGGAGGGCAAGAAUCCUUACGGUCGUCAUGGAAUACCUACUAUACAAACACAGAAUUUGUGAUCAUCGUAGUGGACAGCACAGACCGAGAGAGAAUCUCGGUUACAAGAGAAGAGUUGUACAAAAUGUUAUCGCAUGAGGAUUUAAAGAAAGCCGGGUUGCUAGUCUUUGCAAACAAACAAGAUGUCAAAGAGUGCAUGACGGUAGCAGAAAUUUCACAGUAUUUGAAGCUGACUUCGGUUAAAGACCAUCCAUGGCAUAUACAAGCUUGCUGUGCAUUGACUGGAGAAGGACUAUGUCAAGGACUUGAAUGGAUGAUGUCAAGACUUAAAUCCAGAUGACCACAGCCGCACUCAUAAAGAGACAUUAAGCUCACGACAUACUGUAUUUAUGAAUCCCUGGUCUGCUGCAAACUGUAUUUAUGAACUUGUUCCAAACGUUUAAUCGUCAAGACGGAAUGAAACAAAAGUUUGCAAAUCCAUCCAAAGGAACCAUCUGUAUAUUUCUGCAUCUUUUAACAUUUUUUUGGAAGAUUUAUUGUUUCAAAGCUUGGAUUGGCUUGAUUUUGUGUUUUAUCCAUUGGCGACAGAAAGCCAACAGGCCCAAGAAUUUUUAACUCUCUUCCGCAUUUUAAAAUGUAAUUUAACCAGUCCCACUCUUAAGAACGUAAUAACUAAGCAGUAAUUAUUUUUUUUUAAAAACAAAAAUUACAAGUGGGGCCAAAAAUAUGUACAUAUCUCUGUGUUUGCCGUGUGUGCAUGCAUGCUGAUAUGUUUUGUUUUAAUCUGUGGAAUAUUUGCAUUGUUAACUUUAAAAAUUACUGUGUUGGCUCGUCCCUCUGGCUUCCAAGUAGGUAAAUGUUGUGAAAGGUCGAAAUAAUGACCUUUUUUUGAAUUACUUGUCCCCUUUUUUUAUCUUUUAUUUUUGGGAUUUCAUAAGGAACAUUGCAUUUCUUGACGAGUGAAACAUGUCUACGGUUUAAUUUCUUCGCCACUCUGCACGUUUCACCCACGAAAGAAAACUCUCAAGACAUCCUUCAUAAAAUAAAAUUAGGGAGUCGCUGCUUGUUCUUGA